AUGGUAUUGAGGAAUUCUAUCUGUAACUUGUCAAAGUAUAGCAUAAAAAACGAUGAAAUACUGACUCCGGUGCUCAGUGAAACGCUUUUCUCAGACAUAAAGAGCAUCUUUUCAAACCCAAUGGGAUAUAGAACACAAGUGAGUAUAGGCAAAAUAGACGUACCAAAAAAUAUACUGAGGUCAAAAUCGUUUAAUAGCUUUACACAGUUAAUUGCAAGCACAGAGUGCAAGUAUAUGACAAACUCAUACAGAAGAGCAAGCAGUUUGUGUUUAACAAGGGACUUGGGAACAAAACUGCCACUUUCAGGCGGAAUAGGAACGAGAAACGGAGAAAACAGCCUUUCAAACACAAAAAUAAGAAUAAGCACAAUGCUAAAGAUGGAAAAUGGUGAAUUUAGUAAAAAAUACGAUCUAGACUAUAAUAAAAAGGGAAUAAACGAAAGAAAUAUGAGUGAAAAGGUGAAAGGAUACGACACGCUGAAUGGCGGAUUUAGUAAGAGCAAUAACGGAUACAAUAAAGCAAAAAUAUUGGUAAAAGAACCAAGUAUGAUAAAUGAAAGUAAUUUGGAGAAAAGAAGAUCGUUAAUGAAUGAUAACGUUGGUAGAAUAGAAAAAGGAGAAGAGAUGAUUGAAGAAGAGCUGAUAGAAACAACAGGAGAGAUAGGUAGUUACAGAAACAGUAGAAGUGUUGGUAGUAAGGGUGUAGGAAAAUCGCUGGCGAUUAGAGAAGAAGUGGCAAGUGAGAGUGCAAUGUAUACAAAAGUGUACAAAGAUAACAAGGUGGAAAAUACUGAAUACAGUGAAAGUAGGUCAAACAAGAUUACUGCGAAGGAAAGGGAAUCGAGUAGAGGCUUCUGGAGGAAGCUGAGUCUAGGAUCAUUUACACCAAUGCUCUUCGGAAUAGACGCAUCGAGUCAGUUCAGCGCACUGACGAUUAAGGGGAGGCAGAAGACAGGCCUAUCAGAAGCGUCGGAAGUGUCGGAGCCGGAGCUUUCGAAGUCGAAAGUGUUCCUGAAGCUGGUGGAUAAAAUAGAAAGGCUGGUGAAGGUGAAGAGAGAGAAGGUGGCGGAGCUCCACAAAAACUACGGCUCGAAGACGCUGGGCAACGUCACGCUCGCAAUGCUCUUCUCGGGCCUGAAGGACGUGCCGGCAAUGGUGACCGAAACGAGUGAGCUGGACCCGACGAAGGGCAUAAGGUUCAGAGGGCUCACGGUCGACGAGAUGCUGCGAAAGCUCCCGGGCAAAAACGAGGACUGCCCGUACACGGAGUCGGUGCUCUGGUACCUGCUGACAGGUGAGGUGCCGGAGCCGGAGGACGUGAAGGAGCUCUCGCGGGAGCUGCACGCGCGGAGCGCAAUACCGCACCACGUCUUCGAGGUGAUGGAGAGCAUGCCGCGGGACUCGCACCCUCUGACGCAGUACGUGACGGCGGUCUCGGCGCUGCAGACGGAGUCGGUCUUCAGGAAGGCGUACCUGGACAAGACGUACCAGAAGGACACGAGCUGGAAGCUGGCGCUCGAGGACUGCCUGAACCUGGUGGCGAAGAACGUGGUGCUCGUGGGCUUCAUCUACAGGAGAAGCUUCAUCGACCCGACCGUGAAGCCUGAGGACGUCAAGUUUAACGCGGAGCUGGAUUACGCCGCGAACCUGGCGCAUUUUCUAGGAGAUAAAACAGAACUCUUCAGUGAUUUAAUGAGACUCUACUUAGCACUGCAUUCAGACCACGAAGCCAUAUUAAAUAGGUUGAUUAACAUGAUCAACAAUAAUAUUGGCAAUAAAGAAAUUAAUCACAUAAACACUCUUUUUGUAGGUGGGAAUGUGAGCGCGCACGCAUCACACCUGGUGGGAAGUGCACUGGCAGACCCGUACUUCUGCCUGGCAAGCGCACUCUGUGGACUCUCAGGACCACUACACGGAAUGGCAAACCAGGAGUGCCUGGUGUGGAUCAAGAGAAUGCUGAGGAACCUGGGACCGAACACGGAAAUCACAGUGGAAAGAGUUAAGAAGUACGCAGAAGACACAAUGGCAGCAGGACAAGUGAUACCAGGAUACGGACACGCAGUGUUGAAGGUGACAGACCCAAGACACACGGCGUUCGUGAGGUUCGCAAGAACGCACUUCCCGAACGACCCAAUGGUGAGGCUGCUGGACAUAUGCCUGGAAGCAAUACCGCAAGUGUUGAUAGCUUCAGAUAAGACUAGGCCAAGUAGUACACAUUUACACGAAUAUAUGGCAACAAUAGCUAAUUUUAACGCAGGAAAAGUGAGGAAUCCGAACCCAAAUGUGGACUGCUCAACAGGAGUCCUCCUGAGCCACUUCAACAUAGACCAGCCGCAAGUGUUCACAGUCUUCUUCGGACUCUCGCGCUCACUGGGAAUACUGUCGCAGCUAGUGUGGGCAAGAGCACUGAGGUAUCCAAUAGAGAGACCAAAGUCACUAACACUGGACACAGUGGAAAGAAUGUGCACAUCCCCAGAGGAACCAAAAGCAGCCGCAUCAUAA